ACGGAACUCAAAUAACACCUUCUGAUACUGCAUUGUGUAUACAAUGAGUUCGCUUCAAGACAUUCUGCGUGCAGCUUCUAUUUUAUCUGAGAUCGGAGAUGCAGAUAAAGAGAUUCUUCUACCUUACCGCACAAAGCUUGAGCCUGCUUUUCAUAGGCUGCAAGCUUUAUUGCAACCGAAUGCCCACCAGCAACCUACUAGGUCUACUCCAAUAGCACCAGAAUCAAAUGACCGACGCGAGAUACAUUCUAUCGAACUUCUUCUUCGUUUUUUGGAACGUGAUCGCAAGGAAUAUAUCAAAUUAACUGCCGAGCCACCUACAUCUUUCUUGUCAAAAGCAGUAAACUGGAUGGCUGAAGAUCCACGCAUUGUUGAUUUCGUUUCACUCGCAGAACCUAAAGGCAAACUACUAGAUGAGAGAUUUCGUGGAGGGUUAAGUAUGAUAUCGUUGACGGAUGAAUAUCUUGAAUGGGAGGAGAGGAUUUAUGGUAGCACACGAGCUGACAGAAUAUUCGAUGAUCUCACUUCCGCAUCUGAUUGGAGAGAUUCUCACUAUAAAGAAUUUAUCGAGGAUCGCAGUGAUCAAUUGCGCGAUAAGGCUAGAGCUCAGAGAUGCAUUGAGUACGGCAUCAAAUAUCGAGUUUUUCACAAGCUUUACUGCCUACGCCUCGCGGUUCAGAGUGAACAUGACAAUACCAUCGAUAAAGGCAUCGGUAUUUUGGGGAUACUUCUUCCUAGUGUCAGUCAUUUUCGCCGUGUCAAAUACGACGAUCUGCCUUAUUUGGCAAACGCCAUAUUGUCAUCAAAAUGGAGAGAUGAUACACAAAAGCAAGAGAAAUGGACAGCUCAAUGUCUGGCAAUGUUUGACAGUAAGUUAUUGAAAACUGACCUCAAGCAGUACUGACAAGCUACAGGUCAAGUCAGAUCGAUCAUCCAGAGUCGCAAACGCGCCUCGAAGGAUGACUUUUUCGUCCCAGAGAAACGUGCUCGAAUAACUCACGAAGAUAAUAUCUUGUUGGAGAAUCAAAUUCUGCCAAUCGAGGAUCCAUUCAAUAUGCCAGAAACCCAGUCAAGGCAUGAAACAGCACCCUCUCUCAGCAGGUUCAACCCCC